UCAAUACUUGUCGGAGGAUAGGCUUCAAAUAAAAGAAAGAAAUAUAUUUGGCAGCUUUCCAUCAUUUAUCUCAUGACAAGAUUUUCCUCACGAUAAGAUGACGAUAAGCUUUGAAAUUCGUCACAGCAUCUACGACACCGAUGGAUAACGGCAAACAACACGCGAGAAAGUUCUGAAGUGAACGUCAUCAAUGGUCGUUUAGAACAGAGGCAGCAAUGAUUGACUUUGAAGAUCUCCGGUUAUUCCCAGGUCUUGAGGCCAUGGUGAAUGUCUUUAUGGUCCUUGGCAUCCUGACGGCUAUGAAGCUCGUUGGGAGGACAGCAUGGGAUGUGGUCGUGGGUCUGAGGGCGCAUGUGUGGUCUAAACUGUGCAAGAAGAACUUAGCGAAGACUUACGGGAAGUGGGCAAUUGUAACAGGAUGCACAGAUGGAAUUGGGAAAGCUUAUGCUUUUGAACUGGCAAAGAAUGGUAUGAACAUUAUUUUGAUAUCUCGAACUGCAGAAAAACUACAGAAUGUUGCUUCAGAGAUUGGUAGAAAGUUUGGAGUCAAGACCGAAAACGUACAAGUAGACUUCAACUUGGGAAAAGAGAUUUACUCCGUAAUUGAGAAAAGCAUUGAAGGAAAGGAGAUUGGCAUCUUAGUAAACAACGUGGGAGUUAUAACCCCUCACCCUAUGAGUUUUGGCGAAGUGAACAACCAUAUUCUUUGGAGUCAUGUUAAUGUGAAUGUUGCAUCUCCUCUGGCAAUGACCAAGAUCAUCCUCCCUCAGAUGCUCAAGCGAAGAAAAGGGGCUAUAGUAAAUUUGGCUUCCAUAGCUGGCCGAUGUCCUAUUCCCCUCCUCCAAAUUUACUCUGCUUCAAAGGCAUUUGUAGACUACUUCUCUGAGGCUUUAGGAGUGGAGUAUAAAUGUUCAGGCAUUACAGUUCAGACCAUUACUCCAGGUUAUGUAUCAACCAACAUGACAAGCUACUCUGAAAAGAUCUACAAGCCAAGUCUUAUGGUGCCAACUGCCUCUAACUUUGCUGCACAUGCCCUGGACACUCUGGGGUAUACCAGUUACACCACAGGCUACUGGUCUCACGGGAUAAUGGCUUGGGUUAUAGACAACUUUGCACCGAGGUGGAUCCUGAUGAGAAUGUGUAAACUGCAUAAUGAAGACCUAUUAAGGGACAUGAACAAAAAUAAAAGAGAAUAAGUGGAUCAGAAAUUACCAUCAUAGGAAAAGAAAACACUUUAUUACAAAUACACAGGAAAAUGACGGCAAUUCAUUGCAGAAAUGUCAAUGAACUACUUGAAACACAAUCUUUGAAUGUAAUGGUAAAAAAAUAGCAAGGUGAUGAAGAGAUGAACACCACUUUGCUGUAAAUUCUGGAGGUGCAAGGCAAAAGUACAUGCAUUAGGAAAACUGUUGUGUGGAAGAAUUAACCGAGAUAUAUUUUGUAUGUGCAAUUGUAAUUAAAGUAACUAUAACUGCAUCUUCUUUACUUUGAGAAAAAAUGCUAUGGAUUAGAUAUGCAUAAACAGCUUGUAACCUUCCAUGCAUAAUACUUUGUCUCUAAAAUUAAAAUUAUAAUUUUUUCAAGCAAAAAUAUUAAAUUAUAUUAAAAGUGUCUUUUAGCUUUUCCUGUUAUUUUUUGCAUUAUACUUUUGAGGAACUAUACAUCAAAUAAGAAAAAUGAAAAACAUGAGACCAUAAAAAUAGUUUUAUUAAUUCUUUUGUAAUUUGAAAUAACAUAUCAGUUAUGAUAAUUAUAUUACUGAAGAAAAAAAUAACUGGGAAAAGUUAUAUUUACAAUUCCCAAUAGGUGAUUAUAAAGAUAUGCCAAAAGGAAAAUAUGUAAGAUAAUAUUUACAAUUUCCAUGUACAUAAACAUAAUAUUUUCAAUAUUUUUUUUUUUUUUUACCUAUACUGAGAUUAGUUUAACUUGAGAUAUCAGUCAGAACACAAAUCUAAGGUACAUACUAAGGUCCUAAACAUUUAAAUCUCAUACUCAUGUAAGUAACAAAUAUUUUGUAUAUAUAUAAUCAUCACACAACCUAAAUAAUUUCAAGUUUAAUUGUACUUGUACAGAUAUGAUCUAUUAAUCACUGAAAAUACUGACUAGUUUAACUGAAUCUUUCAACUUAAUUACUGUUCCAAAAAAAGAGGAAACAGAAAAAGAAAA